GCUUCCAGGUUACCGUUUUUUUCAUUCCACCGUCAUCCUCGCGCUCUAGCAUCACUCCCUGACAACAGCAGCGAUGGCGGAGCCCGUAGCACCGGAGGCGGCGGCCGCGACGGACGCAGCGAUAGCGGCAGCAUCCCCGACCCCGGGCCUCUCUCCCGCAGCCAGCCCGGGCUCCGAGCCUCCAUCCAUGGCUCUGUCUCCCACGGCGGACGGCUCCCAGCGGCUGCUCUUCUCCCACGACCUGGUCUCCGGGCGGUAUCGCGGCUCAGUCCGGUUUGGCCUCGUACGGAUGAUCCACGGCGAGGAGGACUUUAACUCAGACUCGGACCUCGACGAUGGCGGAGGGAGAGGCGGCGGCGGUGGGGGAGGGGGAGGAGGAGGUGGAGGAGGUGGAGGAGGAGGAAGAGUCCCGGGUGGCUCGGACACUGAGAGCGCUGUGGACACCCCGAGUCGGCCUCUCGUCCGGGGGUUCGUCCGCGUCCAGUGGUACCCUGAAGGAGGGAAGCAGGACAUCAGAGAGACAAAGCUGAAACUUGAAGAUCGAUCUAUUGUCAUUAGAGACAUUGUGCGACGAAACAAUUCUAAUGACAACCAGUGUGGUAUUGUGACCAACAUUGACAUCGAGUGUGCAGUGAAACUAGUGGGAACAAACUGUGUUCUGUAUCCAGUUAAUAGCAAAGACCUGCAGCACAUCUGGUCUUUUAUGUACGGCGACUACAUUGCCUACGACUUCUGGCUGGGGAAAGUGUAUGACCUGACUAAUCACAUCAUCCUUAAGCUCUCCAAUGGAGCCAGGUGCUCGAUGAGUGUGGAGGACGGUGCCAAGCUUUACGACGUCUGUCCACAUGUCAGUGAUUCGGGUCUGUUCUUCGAUGAGGCGUACGGUUUCUACCCAGGCCAGGUCCUGAUUGGGCCGGCCAAAGUCUUCUCUAAUGUACAGUGGCUGUCAGGAGUCAAACCUGUCCUCAGCAGGAAGUGCAAGUUCAGGGUGGUGGUAGAAGAGGUAAAAGUGGUAGAACUGAAGGUGACGUGGAUCACCAAGAGCUACUCUCCCAAAGGUUCUGACAGCGUCUAUCCUCCUCCCUCCACCAUCACACAGGAGAAUCUCUGCAGGGUGAGACGUUUAGGAUACUAUGACCACACCCAGAGGCAGCUGGGAGAGAGGGCACUAUAUGUGUUCCCGGCUAAAGGGGACGCCACGCGCAUCACUUGUGAAGGACCCGAGGGUGCCCCAGUCCUUCCUGAAGACCCCGUGGCCAGAAAGUUGAAAAGGAUGUUCAAGAAGGAUUUGGGGAAGAAGACAGAGAAUGCAGACACACAAGGUGAGCACAAAUCUGAGCAGACGGACUCGUCUCAUUCCAACAACAACGGCCCUGUGGUUCCUAUCCAGAACCCUCUGGACCCCCAGAACACCAACGACGCCUUGGCUGAACACGGCGAACAGGACGCUGACGAUGAGGCUGCAGAAGACACUGACGAUACCAGCUCUUUGACGUCAUCGGCCAGCUCCACAGCCUCCUCUCAGAGCGGCGGUCUGGGAACCAACCGGAAGAAGAGCAUCCCGCUCUCCAUACGUAACCUGAAGAGGAAGCAUAAGAAGAAGAGGACCAAGUUUUCCCGCGAGUUCAAGCCUGGGGACCGGGUUGCAGUGGAAGUUGUAUCCACAAAGACCACGGCUGAUGUGAUGUGGAAGGACGGGCGGAUGGAGAAGGGGAUCCGGUCAAACGAUCUCAUCCCCAUCCAGCACCUCGACAGCCACGAGUUUUGUCCCGGGGACUUUGUAGUAGACAAACGACCUCAAGCCCUCCAGGACCCAGGAGUGUAUGGCGUGAUCCAGUCUGGUGAUCACAAGGGCAGAACAUGUGUCGUCAAGUGGAUCAAACUGAACUCCUCCAGUGACGACGUGGAGGUUAUCGGUUUGGAGGAGGAUGUCAGUGUGUACGACAUUGCGGAUCACCCAGAUUUCCACUUUCGCACCACAGACAUAGUCAUCAGAAUAUGGAACUCAGAGAACGGACAGAACGACUGCGAAAAUGAGACAUCAGUCGGCCAGGUGUCCAGAGUGGAUGUGAGCAGCAAAGUAGAGGUGGUGUGGGCAGAUAACUCCAUGACCAUUGUCCUGCCACAGCACCUCUACAACGUGGAGUCUGAGAUCGAGGAGACGGACUACGACUCGGUGGAGGAGACCAGCAGCGUCCUGUCCACUGAGGAGUGGGAGGACGAGAGCGACAGCUGGGAGACAGAUAACGGCCUCACCACUGAGGACGAUGGCCAUGUCAACAAUGCAGAUGCCACUGACACAGCGACCCCGACCCCCACGCCCACUGGCUCCACAACGUUCAUCAUCCCCCCUCAAGAGAGCAGCAAGGCCGGGGUCACUAGCCCCACUAAAGGAGUCCCUGGGGAGGAGGGAGAGGCGUCUGUGGCUGUGGCUAGUCCUGCUUCUGGAGGAGGAACCACUCCAGGAGCAGUCAAUGGUGCGGAGAAGCCCUGUAAAGAUGGUGCCUCUCGGGGCUUCAGGGAGUUGAAAGAGGCCUUGAAGAUCCUGGAGAGCCUAAAGAACAUGACUGUGGAGCAGCUCUGGACCGGCGGCUCCCCAACCUCCCCAACCUCCACUGAACCUGCUUCAUCAACUCACGUAGCUACUUCUGUGACACCCACGGCCCCCGAAAAACCAACCAAGGAGAAACGCUUCCUGGACGACAUCAAGAAGCUGCAGGAGAACCUGAGGAAGACACUGGACAACGUGGCCAUCGUGGAGGAGGAAAAGAUGGAGGCCGUGGUGGAAGCAGGGGGGAGUGGAGGAGCAGGGACAGAAGUAGAGAGAGCUGGAGAGGAAAAGCCCCAGCAGGAGCCGCAGACACCGGUGGGUGGACAAGAAUGGCCCAGCGAUUUCCUCAGUGACACACCAGUACUGUGCCAACAAAGUGGUGGCAAACCUGGAGUCACCUUCACCAGUGCCAAGGGAGAGGUGUUCUCUGUGCUGGAGUGGGCACCAGACACACACUCAUUUAAGAAAAUGGAGUUUCAGCCAGCGGAGGCAAAGAAGUUCUUCAGCACAGUGAGGAAGGAAAUGGCUCUACUAGCAACAUCACUGCCGGACGGCAUCAUGGUCAAAACAUUUGAAGAUCGUAUGGACCUGUUCUCAGCUCUGAUCAAAGGGCCGACUCGUACGCCCUACGAGGACGGGCUGUUCCUGUUUGAUAUCCAGCUGCCAAACAUCUACCCAGCUGUGCCGCCUCUGUUUCGCUACCUUUCGCAGUGCAGCGGCCGCCUCAAUCCCAACCUGUACGAUAACGGCAAGGUCUGCGUCAGUCUGCUGGGCACCUGGAUAGGAAAGGGCACUGAGAGAUGGACCAGCAAGUCUAGUCUGCUCCAAGUCCUCAUCUCCAUACAAGGCCUUAUCCUCGUCAAUGAGCCUUACUAUAACGAGGCCGGCUUCGACAGUGACCGAGGUCUACAAGAAGGUUAUGAGAACAGCCGCUGCUAUAAUGAGAUGGCCCUGAUCAAGAUGGUCCAGUCUAUGACGCAGCUCCUCCAGAAUCCUGUGGAGGUUUUCAAACAGGAAAUCCAGGAGCACUUUGCUUCUAACGGCUGGCGGCUCGUCCACCGUCUGGAUGUGUGGCUUGAGCUGAAUGAAGGUGCUGAGAGGGGCCAGGCAGCACACAUGUCCUCCAGGUCUCAACACUCAAAAGACCGAGCUUCAUCUGUGGAGCCUCUGGACGAGCAGCUGCCCCUGGGAGCGGGGCCCGUGGCAGUGGCCCACAGCAGCCCCAGUAAGCCUGGGGAGGAGGGUGUCACAGGAGCAGGAGUUACCAGUAUUAUGGAAGAGGAGCUGGAGGAUUCAGGGUUGAGUCCCUCCACUACAGCAGCCUCUCAGCAGGAGCUGAGCCAAAACUCAGACUGCGACAGCACCCAGGGGAGCGCCUCCCUGGGUGGUGAAAACAAGGGUGGCUCUACAGUCCCUGGCUCUGUAGUCCGCGGCGGGAUGUCAGAAUCGGCAUCAGCCACGGUUAGCGGAGGAGGGGUGAGCUCUACAGGAAGCCAGCCGGUGGUGCGACCAAAGAAACGGAGAAAGAGCUACCGGAGUUUCCUCCCAGAGGGCAGUGGCUACCCAGACAUCGGCUUUCCACUCUUCCCGCUCUCUAAGGGGUUUGUGAAGAGCGUUCGAGGUGUGCUGCUGCAGUACCGAGCUGCGCUGGCCGCCGCUGGCAUCACUGAGCACACAGAGGACAAUGUCUCUACAGAUGAGUGUGAUGAAUAGAGAGAGGUGGACCUCACAUGCGCAGUUACACAAACCAACGGGCGCUACCCUGUCACAUAGGAACCCUCAUCUGUUCAUGGACGCAGGUAAACACACAGAGCUUUUUACUGGAGGCAGUCAGUUUCUCUUUUGGCCUCAGCAGGACUUCAGUGGAGGUGGUGUGGAUGCAAACAGGACUGAAUGAGAUGAAAAAUCAGUGCCAUGAACCCUCUUUCAUCCUCCUCAUCCACCCAGCCUCCAGCGGCAUCCACCAUAUGGGCAGAGAUUUGCUGGAUAACCACUCUGCCGUCUCAAUCAGCCUGAAAAAUCUAAAGCAGACUUGUGAUCUUCGCUGCAUUUUGGGACGAGGUGAAAGGUGGCUGGGUUCCAUUGGAAAAAAACUGCAAGGCCCAGCUCACCUGGCUGUUGGGCCAACUGCGGCUAUCUGUAGCACUACUGAUACUAUCGCUGUACCAUCCUGCACUACCACAAACGAAUGGACAAUCUGGUCUUGGAGAGGUGACACUGUAUAAAUAUGCUGACCAGGAGGAUUCUUUUUAAAUAGAAAUCACUGGUUGUACGCUUUCUGCCAAAUUCUAUCUGUCCACAAACACACAAAUAUUCAAGUAGAACGUACUGAAUGUCAGUAAAACUGCCAACCACAACAGCUUUGCCACUUCUUCCACUACACUUGCUGGUAUUUUUCCUUCGCCAAUCACUCGCACAGAACCACACAGCAAACAUCGAGUGACAAAGUUUACAUACGAAUCACCUCUGGAGGUCAGACUGCUGUAGCUGUUUGGUGUGAAGAGAAGCCAGCCAGGCACAGGAUGACUGUUAGGUGGCUCUAUGUGAAGGUGUUUGUACUCUAGUCAAAGCUUAACACAGCUGCCGCCUCUAUAUACAAAAGUUCCAUUCACUUUCUGUAGAAUUUAGCAACGUUUUUCGAUCACCAAAAUGAAACUUGUGCUUUGGUGUUUUGAUGCAUUUGAGGUUGUUUUACUCACAGAGGCUGAACUGUACUUUGAGUGGAGCUUUACCCACAAUGCUACAUGUGGCCGUGACAGAGGUGAACCCACAUCACUGCAAAUGACACAAUUAUGAUAAAUGAUAAGUAGAAAGAAAACAUACAGCAUCCAUUCCGUCAUCUCAUGUCAACAUGUUGCCUUACUUGAACUCUUCUUAAUGAUCUCAGACCAUUGUGUACAGAGCUGCUUGUGUCAUGCUUUAGAUAUUAACCUAUACAGGCCUAGUCCUACUACACACGAAAAACCACUAAAACCCUGUUCCAGUGUUUUCCUCCUUUAAUACUGCAGAUCUCUGAUCAGUUUCCCCCCGUUAUCGGUUCUUAAUCCUGAGCUUUUUGCACUGCGGCCAUUGCUGUAUUAGAAUUUUUCCAAAUUGCACGUGCAGAGUUUAGAUCAGAAUACAACCUACAGUAUGUGUGAUGCUGAAGGUUUGUUGGCACUAUAAUUAUCUUGCUUGAUUUUUAUUAUUUCCUGUUAUUCCAUGUUUUCCCCCGACUCAGCGUCUUAUCCCACGAAGGCGACUGCUGACCCCAUUGACCAGAGAAAAGUACAGCACACGGACAAAACUUUAGCUGAUAGGACUUCUGUGUCUGUGUUCUUUUUUUUUCCUCUUUUUCGCUAUCUGGCAAAAAUCAAGGUUUUAUUUACCAAGUUACCAUAAAACUCUUUGAUUUGCCGCUGAUUGUGCUGUAAUUAACUGUGAACGAAGGUCACCUUUGGGUCCAAUCGUGCUUCCUGGGGAAAUCAGAGCAGUCUUUGUUUACAUCUUUUUAAAAAAACUGCAUCCCACCUCUAACAUAAUGUUCUUUUAUUUUUCUUUCAAGAUAUUAUGAAUCUCAAUGUAAUAAUAAUUAUUCUGAUUAUAACACAGGUCAGACAAACUCCCGUGCUUGCUAUAACCUGUGAAAUAAACAAGCGAGCGUCGGCUGUCUGGUAUUUUACUUGAACAAAGAACCUUGAUGCUGAAGAGUGUUUCUGAAUGAGAGAGCACACUGUGCCAUUGUGAAAUAUGAGUGAUGGGAGAGGAUACCAUGAGCCAAGAGUUGCUGCGUUUUAAAAAGACAUAAAGAGAAAAAAAUUUAAUCUCCAAAAUGAGGGUAUUUGUUUUCUUUGUCUUCCAUUUUUUUUCCCCCCACGACUCUUAAAAACUGGCAUUCCUGUACCAGGUGUGGCAAUCAGGCCUCCAUGACACCUUGUCCUCUUCCUGGAUUUGACUCCACCGUCAUUAUUUUGCUGCCUUUAACGCUACAGAGGAGGGUGUGUCGUCUUCUUGGCUGGCUGCUGUAGCCUUGUUUGCUUUCUUGUCUCCCUUUUUUUUUCCCCCCUCCACAUGCUGCUGUUUGUAAAAUGUCACCUUUUGCAAAUUCUUGGAAGCAGUGUGUUUAAAAAUGCUCAGUCUGAAGACAAAGAGAUCACAAACACACAGUCUCACCAAGAGUUGAGAGGUGACAUUAUUGCUCCAUCUUUCUCAUUUCACAGUCGCAGAAACAGAAAAUGUGAAGUUAUCUCGCUAGGAACUAAAAUCUGGCAGGAUACAGAGCACACGAUGCUAUGUACAAUUUUCUGUGUAUGUGUAUAAUAUUCAGAUUUAAACCAUUAUUAUUAUUAUUCUCAUUAUUAUUAUUACUACUGCGAGAAGUAUGUUUUACAGCCAAAGCAUGUAACAUGUUGCUUUAAGCCUUGUGAAUGGGCUACACACAAGACUUGACUGUACGAUGUCUACAUUUCCACAGUGGCCUGUUUAUUGAUAUAUUAAAAAAGAACUAAUAAAGUUAUGAUUUGUAGCCUGAUUCCCUCUGUACAGAUGUCAUGACUAUAUUGAAAUAUAUAAAUACACACAGUAUAUAUUUAACACACACCUGAGUUCUAACAAGUCACGUGGAUGCUUGGGCCAUAUAUGUACAAAAUGCUGAGUGUGUUAUUGUACUUACGAUUUCAUUUUUUUUAUUGGUUUACUUUUGUUGCGUUAAGACAAACUGUAUAGUGAUGUAUUAAACUUUGCAAGCGGUA